AUAAAGCAUGUGGCAAUGAAAACUUUUAGUGAAUUACUGAGGAAUUAUAAGUCUGAACUACGUUCAAAAUACUGUAAUUUGGAGAGCUAUACAGAGGAGGAAAUCAAAGAGUUAGUUCCAGACAGGGUUAAUAGCGAUCAAUGGGUUAGUUGUGUUGAGAAGUGGUGCUCGGAGGAAUCACAGAGGAAGAGUGAGCAAAAUAAAAAGAUUCGUUCAAAACAAACUUUGCUCCAUACUGCUGGUACAAAGAGCUUUGCGCGAGUUGCUGCUGAGAUGACUAAAAUAGAUGGUGUGGCUCCUUCACGUGCCAAAUUAUUUAUCAAGACACACACACGUAAGGAUGGCAGUAUUCUCACUGAAGACACUCGUGAAAAGAUACAAAAGAUUGAAGAGAAAAUCACUCAAGAUCCAAAUGUUGGGAUCUCAAAUGAAGAUGACAUAGGUUGGAGCAAGGAUGAUGUUUAUUCUGAAGUCUUUGGAGAUGAAAGAAAUGGUCGUGUUAGGGGUCUGGGUCAUGGCCCUACUCCAUCUCAAAAAAAUUGUUAUGUCCCUCGUUCAUUAAAAGGUGUUUCUAUCAUUUCAUCAUCAACGAGUAGCAGACAAUCUGCUCAAGUGAUGGAACUUACGGAUCGACUAGCAUCAUUGGAGGAUAAGUUCACCAGAUUCAUGGAAGCAUUUCAAUCUUAUGCUGCUAGACAUGGUGAAUCAAGUGAGCAUGUGGUAACUCCAGAGACCCAUCUUCGUUCUUCAAGCUCUAGUCAUGAUCCUGUCAAUCAAGUUGCACGACGAAACUGAUAGGGCAUUUGAAGAUCUAGCUAUUUUGGACCGUGCAUGCAUAACAACUUUGAGAAGGACUUCUGAAGAUCAAUUUUGGACUUUGAAGCUGGAUCUACUAAAACGACUGAUGUUUUAUUCCAAUUAAUAUGUUUUCUUAUACUUUGAACAAUAUAUGUACGUGAUAAUAUAUAUAUAUAUUAUAUGCUCAAUAGCAAUGGAAGUUUCUUCAAGUUA